GUGCGCAGGCAGACCGGAAGUGUGUUGGAUUUUCGAUCACUUCCUCCUGUUCGUCUCUGCCUGGGUCUUCUUCUUCUUCUUCUUCUUCUUCUUCCUCCUUUUAUUGUUUUUAAUAAUCCCCCUGAGACCCAAACGUGUACCUGCGCGCGUGCAUUGCGGCGGAGGAACACCUGCUGCUGUCAUGGCGGAGCUGCGGCGCGUGUAGAAGACGAAUGACUGGACGGCAUCCCGAUCAGACCGAAGGCACCAUGAGGUGACGUCUGUGACAUCUUGAAUCCCCCCCUCCCCCCCCACUCCUCCACCGGGACACAUGGCGAGGAUCUCCUCCUCCUGCCUGCCGGCCUCCUGGUACUGCAGCGUGUCCCUGCUGUCGGUGGGCUGCGCCCCCAGGCAGCGGCUCCUGCUGCUGCUCCUCGUCGCCUCCGCCCUGCUCCUCCUGGGAACCUACCAGAGGCGCCUGUGGGGCCCGGCGCCGCCGCGGCGGCCCGGCUCCCACAUCAACAAAUACCUCUCCAUCGCAGAGUCCAUGGAGGUCACCGACGUCUCGGACGCGGCUCUGAACUACGGGGUCGUGGUGGACUGUGGCAGCAGCGGCUCUCGGGUCUUCGUGUACUACUGGCCCCCCCACAACGGGAACCCCCACACGCUGCGGGACAUCCGGCAGAUGAGGGACCGCGACCGCAAGCCGGUCGUCAAGAAGAUCAAGCCCGGUAUCUCCACCCUGGCGACGGCGCCGACGCAGGCCAGCGACUACCUCCACCCUCUCCUCCACUUCGCCGCCGCCCACGUGCCGCGCAGCAAGCACAAGGAGACGCCGCUCUACAUCCUCUGCACCGCCGGCAUGAGGCUGCUGCCGGAGAGCCAGCAGACGGACAUCCUGCAGGACCUGGUGACCGACGUCCCCCUGCAGUUCAACUUCCUGUUUUCCAGCUCCCACGCCGAGGUCAUCUCCGGGAAACAAGAAGGCGUGUACGCGUGGAUCGGCAUUAACUUCGUGUUGGGCCGCUUCGAUCACGCCGAUGAAGAAGACGCGACAGUCGAGGUGACGACGGGCGCUCAGAACCAGCAGCCGAUGAGCAGGCGGCGCACGGUGGGCAUCAUGGAUAUGGGCGGAGCCUCGCUGCAGAUCGCCUACGAGGUGCCGAGCGCCAUCACCUUCAGCUCGCCGCAAGAGGAGGAGGCGGGAAAAAGCGUCCUGGCCGAGUUCAACCUGGGCUGCGACGUGGAGCACACGCAGCACGUCUACCGGGUCUACGUCGCCACCUUCCUCGGCUUCGGGGGGAACAUGGCCCGGCAGCGGUACGAGGACCGCCUGCUCAACGGCACCGUGGCGAAGAACAGGUUCCUCGCCUCGCAGACGGGCCUGAGCGAGGAGCAGCCGUACCUGGACCCCUGCCUGCCCGUCAGCGCGGCGGACACCGUCGUCAGGGACAACCGCACCGUGUACCUGAGGGGCCGGGGCGACUGGGCCCGGUGCCAAGAGGCCGUGCGACCUUUCCUGGGCCUCCACAACGGCACCAUGUCGCCGGGCGGCGUCUACCAGGCGCCCAUCAAUUUCAGCAACAGCGAGUUCUACGGCUUCUCCGAGUUCUUCUACUGCACAGAGGACGUCCUGAGGAUGGGGGGCCCGUACGACAGCCACAAGUACUCCAGAGCCGCCACGGAUUACUGCCUCACCAGGUGGUCCGUCCUCCAGCAGCGUCUGGACAACAAGCUCUUCUCCCAGCAGGCCGACGUCAGCCGCCUCAAGUAUCAGUGCUCCAAGUCGCGCAUGUAGAAGGUGCUGCACUCCGGCUGCUUCCCCCCCGACUACCAAACCUGAAAACGGCCCCAGCUGGUCCACGACAAAGGAGGUCCAGUGACUCUGAGAGCCAUCCUCUUCAAAACCCGAUUCCUGCCCCUCAGAGACCUGCGGCAGGAGGUGCUGAGGCAGAACCACCCCAGCUGGCUGCGCUCCUCCUUCGUCUACAACCACCACCUGUUCUCGCUGUGCAUCCUGGUGGUGCUGCUCGCCAUCCUGCUGUACAUCCUGCGCCUGCGGAGGAUCCACCAGCGCGAGCAGCGGCAGGCCGACACCCUCAACCUGCUGUAGGCCGAGGAGAGGAGAAGCCCUCCUCCCGUGAGGAGGAGGAGGAGCCCGGAGAGUCUGUUCAUCGCCGUGGCAGCUCGUCCUCUGCGUCUCUCCGGGGGACGGAGGAGAGUCCACGCGGCACAGCAGGGACUCCACAAGUAAUUCAGUGGGAGAGCGUAGCCACUUAGCAUGCUAACGUCGGCUAAUUAAAUGUUAAACAUCUUAAGGGCAGCGUUGCCUCUCGUGAUUCUUCACGGUUUCUUCCUCUUUUGUUGUGGGAGAGUUUGUAUAUUUUUGUAGGGUUGUAUUCCAGAUGUGUCUGCAUCUGGUGACACGCCAGAACAUUCCUUGAUUUGAUGCUCCGACGCCACUUGUGAUGAUGUUUUUUAUGUGUGGGGAGGGGGGGCAGCAAAGAAGCCCCCUUCAGGGCGGGAUUUGAAACACUCUCAAUGCAAUAACUCCUUGAAUAGAGAGCGUGGUUCGUAACGUCUGACGCGGUUUCUGAAAUCGCCAUUUAUGAGGAAAAAAAGCCACAAAAAGAAGCAUUUCAAAGCUGUAACUGAGGCCAGUUGUUUGUUCUUACGUAACGUGCAAACUGCACAGAUGUGCUGACUGUGCAGAUGCAGAGAAAGCAUGACGAUACAAAUGUGAGCAGCAGCAGCUGAAGCUUCCAGAGGAGUCGAAUGACGCGUUGAUCCCACUGUGGGAAGGUUUUCUACCCAAUGAGGCGGCCUCUGUUCUCUCUCACACACACACACACACACACACACACACACACACACACAGGCCUCCUAUUGGCGGUGACGCUGAUGCGUCCCGACACUCACCUGUCAAACUGUCCCCGUGUGUUUGUCCUUGUCUCAGCUCCUUUACUUCUCCCUCAGUCCUGCAGCGUCUUCACUUCUAAACGGCGACAGAAGCAUUUUGUUUUUUUAACCCUGCAUUCCCCUCACUUGACCUUUUGACCUCUCCGAUGGGUCCCGGUGGAGUGUGUCCUUCCAGAGCUGGGCGUCGUGCAAUGUUUGACUGUGAUGAAGGCACCUUUCUAACAUGUGAAUAGAAUCUAUUCCGGUCCAAUAAAGGGUCCUUUCCAUAAAG